UUGGACUCGGUCACGCGCUGUGGAAGAGCGAAAUCUCUGUCUCUCUCUCUAAACGCGAAAGCCUUCUCUCUCUCUCUCUCUUCCCCGCUCCGCGCCAUCUUUCUUUCUCUCUCAUUCCAUCGUGCUCCUAAACCACACUUCCCCACAUUUUUGCGCUAAUCAUUUUGUGAGGACUCUGCAAAAACCAGGAAUCUCCAUUAACGUUGCAGAGAAAAAGCGCAGCAAUGGCGGUUCUCUCUGGUACUGCUCCGCCUCUGUAUGUGGGGGACCUUCACCCCGACGUUACAGAUGACCAGCUCUAUGAGGGCUUCUCCUCUAUUGGUACUGUUUCCUCUGUUCGUGUGGUUCGAGAUACAGUUACAGGUCGCUCUCUUGGCUACGGUUAUGUCAACUAUGUUGCCACUCUUGAUGCUUCUAAAGCCGUAACAGAGAUGAACCACGCAAUGUUAAAUGGGAAACCGGUCCGAGUUAUGUGGUCUCUGAAGGAUCCAAUUGCAAGAAACAGUGGGGUCGGGAACCUCUUUGUUAAGAACUUGCACGAGAGUAUCAAUAAUGUGGGUCUUCAGAAUAUAUUUAUGAAGUUUGGGAGAAUCCUUUCCUGCAAGGUGGCUACUGGCCAGGAUGGAAGGAGUAAAGGCUAUGGCUUUGUCCAGUAUGAAUCUGAGGAAGAUGCAAAUAAUGCUCUCCAGAACCUUCAUUGCACCAUUGUUAAAGAAAAUGAAAAACCAUUGUUUGUGGGCAAGUUUAUUAAGAAGAGUGAGAGGAACGUGCCCAACCCAGAAGCUAAGUUCACCAAUUUGUAUGUAAAGAAUAUCGAUCAGGAUUUUACAGAAGACCUCCUGCGUGAGAAGUUUGCCAGAUUUGGGCCAAUAUCAAAUUUGAUUAUCUCAAAGGAUGAAAAUGGGAAUUCAAAGGGCUUUGGAUUUGUGAACUUUGAAUGCCCGGAUGAUGCAAAAAGAGCUGUGGAGGCCUUGGAUGGGAUGGAUCUUGGAUCUAAAACUUUAUAUGUAGCAAGAGCCCAGAAGAAGCACGAGAGGCAGGAAAUUCUACGCCGGCUAUUUGAGGAAAGAAGAAAUGAGCAAAUACUCAAAUAUCAAGGGUCGAAUUUGUACGUGAAGAACAUUGAUGAUAAUGUCACUGAUGAGGAGCUGAGAAAACAUUUCAGUCAAUGUGGCACCAUUACUUCUGCAAAACUGAUGAGAGACAAUAGAGGACUCAGUAAGGGGUUUGGAUUUGUUUGCUUUUCCUCCACUGAGGAAGCCAACAAAGCUGUGGUCACACUUCAUGGGCAUAUGUUCCAUGACAAGCCUCUGUAUGUUGCUCAUGCACAACGCAAAGAAGAGCGGCAAGCACAGUUGCAGCUCCAGUAUUCCAGGUUAUCGGAGCAAGCAGCAACUGUAGUCCCUCCUCCAUACCAGCAUCUAUACUAUCCAUCCCCAUCUGUUAUGUCCCAAAUGGCCCCGAGGCAGGGAGUUAUGUAUCAACCUUUUGGUUUAAGAUCAUCGUCAUGGAGGCCUAAUGUGUUCUCUCCUUACACUGGACAAGGUUACCAGCCCCUUCCUAUUCCCGUGGUACCCAAUAAUCAAAGGCAUCAUAGGCAAAACAGGGGCCGCUCAAAUGGGCAUUUUCAGACUCAGAACGGUCAGACUGCAUCAGUUAUUUCAAACAUGCAACAAGCAGCUCAGUCAUUGGCUAUAUUGAAGGAUACUGGAAGUAAUCAGCAUAAUGGGCAGACCACGAAGUACACAUCGAAUGGACACGCUUCAAAGUACACACCAAAUGGACGAUCAUGGGAGAUAAGUGAUGGGCAAUCCAUGGCUCCAUCAUCAACAGCCGCUUCUUCAAAUGGCAGCGGAGCUCAAGGAUCCGAGAUGCUUAAUAGCCUGCUUGCUGCUGCUACUCCGCAGCAACAGAAGAAUAUUCUUGGCGAGCGUCUCUUCCCCAUUGUUAAGAAGCAAAAGAAUGAUCUUGCUGGGAAAAUAACGGGGAUGUUAUUAGAGAUGGACAAUAGCGAGCUGCUACUGUUGUUGGAGUCUCCAGAUUCAUUGAAUAACAAAAUUGAAGAAGCAGUGCAAGUGUUGAAGCUCUCCAAGGCCAAAGUGGGAAGCCAAGAAGUGCUUCAAACCAACUACUUGUCUACUGAGGUGGCUGUUAGUUAAAGCGAGUGAUAUAGAUCAGAGGAUUUGAUGUUCUUUUCAUUGGGGUCUGAUUCAUAUUCUUUUCAAUGGAUUGGGUUUAAAUUGAGGCACUAUACUGUUAGGGAUAGGGAAUGGAUGGGUGGUAGGACACAUAAUUUAGUCAGAAGGAACUCCUUUUGUAUCCUUUAUUUCAAGUUUUGAAAGCAUUCUUUGUAGGUGGUGAGGAUUUAAGUUCUUUGUAUGGCGGGACAUGAAAUUGAUGUUCUUUAUUUUGUAACUCUCUAUACGAAAACCUUGCGAAGAAAACUCUCUGACUGAAUAAUUGGUUCCAUCCAAUUUAACAGCUGGUGUUUUUCGAAUAUGUGUUUUCUUUAUCUUUGUAAUGGUUUGUGGGGAAAUGAUGCAAAUCAGAUAAAGAUGUGAAUUGUUA